AUGGUGCCGUGGCGAAUAUGGCCUGCCUCUCAACCAGAGCAGUACACGUUGACGGAUUGGUGUCACAUUGCUACAGUCGCCAUCUGUUGCCGCGCCAUCUUCAGCGUCCUAUGGCAAUCACCCAGUUCCGGUGAGACGGCGGGUCUACUAUUUGCUGAAUCGUGGUCUGUAGUUCACAAAAGACAUCUAAUCCUGCUGGACCAUGUCAUCCUAGACACGCAGCACUCUGACAGUUGUAUCUGCGCUUGCUCAGUGAACGGCUGUCUGCCGUUGACUGCUUUCUUUGCGGGGUGGUCGAUUUGGGGCGAUCCACGCUACCCCUUAAUGCUCGCCCACAUUGUGGCCCGUAUCUUUGACGCUGAAGCCGGAGCCCGGCCGCCUUCGCAAUCCCUUUGCGACACCGUGGCGCCCGUUGUGAUCCGCUGCUGUACCUUUACCGGCCUCGGUAUCCGCCACACCUGUCGGUACCAUGAACCUGAAUGCCCGGACUGGGGGCGCGUGGACUUGGAAGACAUCGCAGAGGUACAGGAGGAGGAUCGACUUCUGAUAGCUAGACUCGAGGAGCUCGUUUCCGAGUUUGAGUCCAAGUACCUUGAGUUAGAAUUACCGCUUGCUGAAUUCCUGAGAGGGUAUUGGACGUCGCGGAUGGAGGAAGAGUUGGCUGAGGGCUUCAAUGAGGGCGAGGUGCGAGUGAUGCGCGAGGUUGGCGUUGUGGUCGAGGUGCCCUAA